AUGGUAAUGGGGACAGAGUUUGUGGCAUGGGGUGGCAGGGCAAUGGGGCUCGUCCCCUCCCCCAACGUGCACGUCAGCGAGAUGAAGGCGGAUGUUGACAAAAAAAUUGACAGCUCGGUAUCUAACCAUGGAAUUGAGACAUCUGUGAUGGAUGCAAUGAUGAAUGUAUCGAGAGAGUUCUUUCGGAAGCCAGCUGAAGAGAAGCAGAAAUACACCAGCCUAAUUAACGGCGAGCGAUUUCGGGUGCAAGGGUACAGAAACGAGCUGGUGAAAUCCGACGGCCAGACUCACAACUGGUCCCACCGUUUAUCUCUGCAAAUAGAGCCGGAAGACGGGAGAAGUCUCCACCUUUGGCCCAACCAUGAUCAUUCCUACAGGGAUGUACUAAUUGAGUACUCGUCAAAAACGAAGGCAAUAAGAGAUCUUAUCCUGGGAGCAAUGGCAAAUCUUCUAAAGCUUGACGAGAAUUACUUCACUAAUAGAUUCACAAGCAAGGCCCUGGCACUAGCGAGGUUAGGCUACUACCCUUCCUGUCCAAGACCCGACCUUGUUUUGGGCUUCAAACCUCACUGUGAUGGUGGUGCACUUUCAAUCCUUUUCGUUGAGGAGCACACCCGUGGCUUGCAAGUCCUGAAAGAUGGAAAAUGGUACGAUGUUCUAUGCGAGCCUUACACAUUGUUGAUCAACAUAGCCGAAUGCAUGGAGAUAAUGAGCAACGGUAUCUUCAAGAGCCCAACACAUAGGGUCCUGACGAAUGCGGUCAAGGAAAGGUUCUCAGUGGUUAUAUUCUAUGGCGUGGAUGAGGAGACAAUGAUCGAGCCAGCGCCAGGUUUAUUGGAUGAGAAAAGACUGGCGAAAUACAGGAAAGUGAAGAGCAACGAUUACUAUGCUAAUGUCUUUGGACAGUUCCGCCAAGGGAAAACAAUCAAAGACACCCUCAAAGUUUAA